AUGGCACCUAGGACCACCUCAUUGCACUCCAAUCCCGAUGUACAGACACCCAGUCCGACCUCCUUUUCAUUCAUAAAUUCUUGCGGUGCUGACGCACAAAUAGAUUUAGGUUAUGGUGACAUUUUAAGCCAGUUUGUAGUAUCCCGUGACUUAUUCACGAUAUUGCUAAUUAAUGCACGUUCCUUAAUCAAUAAGAUAUCUGAACUAAGGACAUUAUUAUUAGUCGCCAAGCCUACUGUAGCUCUGAUUACUGAGUCAUGGUGCUCAUCCUCUGUACUUGAUGUGCAUAUAGGUAUCGAUGAUUACACUGUACACCGUGCAAACAGAGAUUGCAAGCGUGGUGGAGGAUGUCUCAUAUAUAUACAUAACUCAUUUGUAGUCAGUAAGGUGGAAGAUGAAACAAUGAAUAAUGUACCUGACUCACUCUGGGUUGUCUUACAUGGAGAUAAGUACAAACUUCUCAUAGGCUGUGUUUAUCGAGCACCAAGCUCAACAAAAGAAACUGAUGCGUUAUUAGCUAAAUCGUUUGCACACGCCUCCUCGUUUAGUGCUAAUUACAAAAUAAUUGCAGGGGACUUCAAUCUUCCAGAAGUCAAUUGGCUAACUAGUUCCGGCCCCCAACGCUUCGACGAAUUACUUGCCACUAUCGACUGUUAUGGAUGGCAACAACACGUCCAGACACCUACUCGUGGUGACAACAUGUUGGACCUUGUUUUUUGUCAUGACACAAUCCCAGUAUCCACGUAUGUUGGUAAUAGAUUUUCCAGUAGUGACCAUAGAAUGGUACUCUGCUCUCUGCCUUUCUCACCACUAAAUACAGGAAACAAACAAGAUUCAGGAAGCACAAUAUGUCGUAGUUACAAAUAUACAGACUGGGGAUUAGUCCAAGAACUUAUUCGACUCUGUCAAUGGGAUGACUAUUUUACCACUGACUCCCUGGAGGCCUUAGUAACCCUGUUUUACAGGAAUGUUACCCUUUGUCUAGAUACAGUUGCUCCAAAGAAAAUAGUGAAAUUAAGUAGACACCGAACUGAAUAUAUUCCAAGGGCACACCGUAAUAAGUUAAGGAAGCUGAAGAAACAGUACUAUUCCACUAAGGACAUAUCACUAUUGCUCUCAAUCCACGAGUCUCUUGAAUCUAUCAAGCGCCUACGCUCUCAAAAGGACCUCGACGAAGAGUUAACGGCACUUGAAAGUACCUCCAAAGUUUAUAACUUAACGGCACUUCUUAAAAAACGAAUGCAGUCGGCGAGGGAAAUCCCAUACUUACUUCACGACAAAGUAAUCUACAAUGAACCUGCCACUAUCUGUGAACUUUUCAGUGAUUGGUUUGCAAACUUUAGUUUAGAAACACAUAUGCCUGGUGAAACCGCCCCCCUUACUAUCUCUUCCCUUGAAAGCAUUGUGUUCACUAAUCAACUAAUAGUACAAGCAAUUAAAAGCCUUAAACCUUCCACUAGUACGGGACCGGAUGGCCUCGCUUCGAUAAUUUUCAAAAACAGUGGGUGUGAUAUACCCCUGUUACUUCUUAAAUUCUUCUCAAUAUCUAUGGACACUGGCACUUACCCUAGUGAGUGGAAAACUAGCUUCAUAAUUCCACAUUACAAAUCUGGUGAUAGGGCAAACGUCCGCAAUUACAGACCCAUAAAUAUAACCCCAGUUAUCUCACGAAUCAUGGAGAAAGUUGUAAAAGAUCAAUUGUCAGACUACCUAAUUAGGGGAGAUCUUGUUACAAGGUCUCAACACGGAUUUCUCAAAAAUAGAUCCUGCGUUACUUGCCACUUCGACUUUUUCAACUGCAUCACUAGUAGUCGCGAAGCACGUAAGCUAGUCGUUGUUCUCUACUUCGAUAUAUCUAGGGCAUUUGACAUGGUAUCUCACAGUAUUCUCUUUGAGAAGCUGUACUCUUGUGGAAUUCGCAACCCAUUACUGAACUGGUUAAAAUCAUUUCUAAGCAACAGGGUACAAAUAACCAAAGUUGGAUCUGUAUUGUCUCAUCCUAGGCAGAUCUCAAGUGGGGUCGUGCAAGGUAGUGUCCUAGGUCCACUUUUAUUCACAGUCUACAUUAACAGCAUUUGCAAGUGCUUCACCUCAGGUAAACCAUUCCUAUAUGCUGACGACCUCAAAGUCGUCUACUCCUGCUACACUCAUGAAUUAAGCGAUAUGGUUACUAAAAUACAUCUUGAACUAAGUAGCCUUGCAACGUGGUGUGCUGAAUCCUGUCUAAACUUUAACAUUGACAAAUGCGGCUGGAUUUGUAUCGGCAACAGUAAGCUUGAUCUAACUCUUGAAAUAAAUGGGCGAAAACUAGCUAA